AUGGUGCAGCUGCGGGUCAGGGUGCGGCUGCCCGGCGGGCAGGUGACGGAGGAGAGCCUGCAGGCCGACAGCGGCGCCGACUGCGUCAGCCUGGAGCUGCGGGCGGCCGACGGCGCCCUCGUCACGCUCACGGCGGAUUUCAGACAGGAGGUGAAGAUUUUCCGUGCCUUGAUCCUYGGGGAGCUGGAGAGGGGCCAGAGCCAAUUCCAGGCCCUCUGCUUUGUGACCCGGCUGCACCGCAACGAGAUCAUCCCCAGCGAGUCCAUGGCCAAGCUGCGCCAGAAAAACCCCCGGACGGUGCGGCAGGCGGAGGAGGUGCGAGGGUGGGAACAUCUCAGCAUGGACGUGGCUGUCAACUUCAGCAAAGGAGCCCAGCUGAGCUCCCACAUCCACAACGUCUGCGCCGAGGCCAAGGAGGCCAUUUACACCCGUGAAGAAGAYGUCAAAUUCUGGCUGGAGAAAGGAGUGGACGGCUCCAUGUUCGAGGUGCUGCCGCAGGGCUCGGAGGUGCCGGAGCUGCCGCGCUGCCGGCGCUGCCCGGACCGCUGGAAGCCGUGCAUCUGCAGCUACUCUCUGAGCCUCGAGUGGUACCCCUGCAUGCUCAAAUACUGCCGCAGCCGCGACGCCGGCGGAAAAGUGUCCUCCUACAAAUGUGGCAUCCGCAGCUGCCAGAAGGGCUACACCUUCGACUACUACGUGCCUCAAAAGCAGCUCUGCCUGUGGGAUGAGGAAACCUAGAGCGGGGCCGGCCGUUCCGGGRGCAGCUGGAGGGAGGAGAGCUGCUCACGGUGGUGCUUUGUGCCGGGAGGGCUCUGUGUGUGUGCCUUGCCUYKUGUUCUGUUGGGUGCU